AUGAACGGUUCUUCCACUCUAUCACAAAAGGAAAUUUCAACGGUCCUACCUCUAGAUAGCUUCGGAAAUGUGCUGCUGUUCCUUUUCAGCAUAAUUCUAGCGUCAGCGAUAAUACUUCUUAAUUUUUCGGUACUAAUUUCAGUUAUGCUGAAUAAAUCACUCCGCAGCGAAAAUCGCUUCAUGUAUAUGUCGAGUACCUGUGUCAGCGAUAUCUGUACUGGGGUUUCCUAUUAUUAUGUUGGGGUCCUGAACGUCAGGGACAGCUAUGACUCACCAACGCGAACCUUUUAUAUUGCUCCAACAUUUUUAGGCCUUUCUUAUAUGGCCAUUUUAGCCGCGCAGGCUGACAGGUAUCAUGCCGUUGCCUCACCUUUUAAGUAUUCCCAAAGAAUGACACGCAAUCGUACACUUUUGGUCAUUUUGGCUUAUUGGGUUUACGCCUUUAUAAUCGUUGCGGUGAACAACCUGGUAACGGUGGGAGUCGCCAAAAGAGUUACUGGAAUUGGCACGUUUGUGGGCAACAUCUUCACUGUAAUAAUCAUGAUAGGCCUAAACAUACGAUUAUUUUUCAUUGCAAAGUAUCAGUUGGAGAGGGAGCCCCCAUCAAUAGAAAGAGAACAAAAACGGUCUUCCGUGUAUCUUAUAAUCAUGGUAGCCGUGUUCUUCCUGUGUGCAUGGUUACCAAUUUUCCUUCAUAUUAUCAUAUGUAACUUUGCCGGAUCCACUUGUUACGCGUUUCAAAAUGAGGGGACAGACCCUCUGCGCAUUUUGCCCAGAGUAAAUGCGGUCCUCACCCCGUUGUUGUACAUUAGAGGUUGUCAGUCUUUAAGGAAAACGCUGUUUACCAAAGUUUGGAGACCGCUAUGCAAUGACAGAUGGACGUGCGGGGAGGCCAUCCGCCCGCCUGACGCCGCGGCUCCGCGGCUGGAAUGCGGAGUGUGUGCAGUGCCUAAGGAGGGCUACGUGACAGAGCUGCUGGGCCCCGGCAAGGAGGGAUGA